AUGAUUUUUGCCUGUCGUCCGAUUGCGGACCCAUAAACUGAGGGCGUGCAUUAUUCUGCCAAUAUUUCCCGCUUUUACACUGAUUUUCUAAUUUCGCAUGUUGAGAGCAUUGUUGACUUUUAGACAAUAACGAAAAUGCCGGACUCACAAUCACCAGCGCAAUCGCAAGCGCCCCCAGCAUUAAAGGAUACUGGGUACGUGGAGGGCGAUGAUUUCUUCACACAAUGGACAAACAUAUUCUCCAUCUUGACGGGCAAAAUGUCUGCCGAGGGUAAGGAGCGAUUUCGCAUCGCGAAGGACGAUCGAAAUGAAGCGGCCGACUGUAAGAGGUGUGAAGAGCAACGCGACUAUCUUUUAAACUACAGCCCUACCAUACGUUACCUGAGUGACAAUAUACGCCAAUUGGGAGGGGAUCUUUCUAGCCAUAAUAUCUACUGCAGGCGCUGUACGCAAAGGAAGGCAGGUGGGUUCGACCCUGAUUAUGGGAUUCAGAUUUGCGCGAAUGAGAUGCGAGAUCAGGGACACCUGGAAGAUACAAUGGCGCAUGAAAUGGUACAUGCCUAUGAUCAUCUAAGAUUUAAGUUGGACUGGGACAGCAAUCUGAGGCAUGCGGCAUGCACUGAGAUACGAGCAAGUUCGCUGAGCGGCGAGUGUCGCUGGUCUCGGGAAUUUUUUAGGAGAGGGCAGUGGAAACUCACGCAACAACACCAGGAAUGCGUAAGGCGAAGGGCAAUACUCUCAGUGCGGGCACGACCGUUUUGUAAAGAUGAGGCGCAUGCAGAGAAGGUAGUAAACGAGGUGUGGGAAAGCUGUUUCCGGGAUACUCGACCUUUUGACGAAAUUUAUCGAUGAUAAAGAUCCCCAACUACUUUUUGUAUACUAGUAGAUUAUGACAACCAUACUCUUUGAAAUCCAGAAAUAAGAAAUACUCAAUUGAAGU